AUGUUCGUAAAAAAUUUUAUACAUAAAUUAAAAGAAUUAAAACAAAAAUCUUUAGAUAAGUUCGCUAAUUUAUUGUAUGAUUAUGGAGGUUAUGUAUAUGAUAGACCUUGUACCUUUAUUAUAUGUAGUUUAAUAUGUUGUUUACUUUUAACUUGUGGUUUUUAUUUUAAAGAACAUGAGAAAGAUAUUUAUAAAUUAUAUUCAAUAUCCAAUUCGUAUGCCUACGAAACGAAUGAAACCAUAAACGACUUUUUUUACAAAAGUAGAAGAUGUUUUAUAUUAGUAGAAUCUAAUGUGAAUUUAUUAAAACCCAAAAUUUUGAGAGAAUUACAAAAAUUUGAGGAAGGUACAAAAGAUAUAGAAGUAGAUUUGUCUGAAAUCAAUGAAUGUAAAACUAAUUCUGAGUUACCACCUGAACAAAGUCAUGUGGCAAAAGAAUUAUAUAAAACAUUAAUUCAGAGAAGUGAAGAGAAUUUGAAAAGUGGAAAAAUUAAUGGUAGUCUUUUUGAUUAUUCGGAUUUGGAUGAAAAUGGUAAGAGUGUUUUAUCUUUGGCGGGGAAGGAAAAUAAUGAUGAUACGCUUAUAGAGGGAGAUAACAAGAAUGAUGAAGAAACUAGCGCGAAUAAUAAUAAUAAUGAGGAUGAUAAUAAUGAGGAUGAUAAUAAUGAGGAUGAUAAUAAUGAGGAUGAUAAUAAUGAGAAUGAUAACAAUAAUAAUAAUGAGGAUGAUAAUAAUAAUGAUGAUGAUGAUGAUGAAGAUAAUGAAGAGGAAGAUGAAGAAAAACAGAAAUCCCUUAGAGAAAAGCUAUAUAGAAAAAUUUAUGAAAUGUUAAAAAAGAAAAAGGAAAAUAUAGUGUUGGAUGAGAAUAACCCCAAUGUAAAUUUUACAGAUUAUAAAGAUGAUGUAUUUUAUCCAUAUCAAUAUAUACCACCAAUGUUAAUAAAAGCUGAUCGAUGUAAACUUCAAAAUGUGUUUGGUGAUAAGAAUUUGAAUAUAGAUUUAAGAGAAGCUAGUGAUGGAUUGAAGAAACAAAUAACAUAUACAUUAGAAGAUAUAUGUGAAAAGAAAUAUGGUGAUUGUAAUUUUAGUUCUUUAUUUUUAUAUUAUGAGAAAGGAAAUGGAUAUAUAGAUUAUCCUAUAAAAGUUGAUAAUUUAGAUUUUUAUGUAAAUAGAAGAACAUAUAAAGAAAUGAUGUUUAAAGGUAUAUUAGGUAAUAUGGUUUAUGAAAAAUCGGGAUCAAAAUAUAUUAUAAAAUCAGCAAAUGCUAUUAUGACGGUUAUACCAUUAUUAAAUUCUCAUACAUAUGAACCAUAUGCAUUAGCUUAUGAGAAGAAAUUAAUUGAUUAUGUAAGAUUUUAUAAUUUGGAUGAUAUUAUACAAGAUGAAGAAACUAAUGAUGACAAUGAUCCUUUUAUACGUUUUCAUGUUUUUACAGACAGAAGUUUAGAAGAUGAAGUUGAUCGUAUAUCGAAAAUAGAUAAUUUGACAAGAUUACUUUUGUUAAUAGGUGUUUUAUUAAUAUUUAUGUAUGCAUUAUUUAAUAACGUAACUUCUGUACUUUAUAGAAGUAAACCAUUAUGUGCUGUUAUGGGGAUCUUCUGUGGUUUCUUAGGGUUCUUAUCAGGUUCAGGUUUCUUAUAUUUUCUCGGUGUGAAAUCUGUGCCCCCCGCUGAAACCGUACCCUUUUUAGUUAUUGGUGUAGGUGUUGAUGAUGUUUUUGUUAUUUUAAAUUCUUAUUCUUUAUUAUUUAUGGUUAAGGAUAAUAAGAAGAGAAUACAAAUGUGUUUAAAAGACAGUGCCCUAGCGAUUACUGUUACGACAUUAACAAAUAUUAUAGCCUUUUUAAUAAGUGCCAUAUCUCCCUUUUAUUCAAUAUGUGCAUUUUCGUUAUUUACCGCUAGCUCCCUUUUUUUUGGAUAUCUCAUGGUCUUAACCUUUUUGUUGAGUUUUCUAUGUAUAGAAGCGAAAUUAGAAAAGAAAAAAAGAAAUAUAUUCACCGGAACCUUUCAUUUGUUUAGAUCUAUUUUUAUGAAGAGCUCUAAGAAAAACAAAAAAGAAAAUAAGGAAAAUAAUAUUCAUGAUGACGGUGAUAAUGAUAAUGAUGAGAAAAAGAAAGAUCUAUCUUUAGAAGUAAAAAAUAAUGAAGAUGAUUAUGAAAAUAUAUCCAUAUAUGAAUGGAUACAUAAUUUAUAUUUAUUUGAAGAAUCUAUAAAUAAAAAAAAAAAAAAUGCAGCAUUGGUAUAUGCAUCAAAUAAUGGUAUGAGCAGCAAUCUUAAUAAUGUGAAUGAAGAUGGUUUCCCGAAUCCAUCAAAAAUUGUAUCUAUGGAAGAUGUAAAGAAAAGAAAUAUUAAAAAGGAUGAUGCAUAUAUAAACAAAGAAGAUGAAGAAGGAGGAGGCUAUUAUAAUAAAGAUGAUAAUAAGAAAAAGGAUAUUUUAGGGAAAAAGCAAAAAAAAAAUAAUAACAAUGUUACGUUAGUAUCGAAGAAGGGAGAAGAUAAUGAAUUAGAUGUGUAUUAUGAAAAUUUGGAUGAAAAAACAAAUGAUAAGUAUAAAAUGAAUAAUAUUAAAAGUAGUAAAUUAAAAUAUGAUAAUGAUAAAAAAGAUGGUGCUAUUAUAAACAAUAGACCAUCAAGUGAUGAAGAAUAUAAAGAAGAAAAAGAUAAAAACAAAAUUAAUAUACUUAAUGAUGUUUUUAAUGAUAUUACAAUAAAACCUAAUGAAAAUAUAUUAUUAGAUAGAGGAGAUGUAAUAAAAAGUAGUGGUUAUGAUUCUUCAUAUAACGAUUUACAAAGUAGUUCUCUUCCAAAUCCAUCAUCAAAUGAAGUAUUAAAUAAAACGACUAUGGUAUAUAAUGAGACGGAUUUAAAAGAUAAUAAAAAAGAAAUAAAAUCUUCUAAAAAAAAUGUGAAAGAUAUAAAAAAAAGUGAUAUGAUACAUGAUGAUACGUAUGAUAUUAUAAAUAGUAAUAAUAAAAAUAUUUUAUUAUCUUCGAAUGAAAUUAAUAAUAAUAGUAAUAAUACGAAUAAAUUUAAUAAUAAUUCUACCGAAUUAGCUACUAAGGAUACACAACAAUUUAUAAAUGGACAUGAUAAAAAUAUAUAUUUAUUAAGUUCACAUGAUAAUGCAUUAUUUUAUAAAUAUAUAUAUGAAGAACCAAAAGGAAAUAUAGGAAAAUAUUUUAGAUCGUUAGUAAAAAAUUAUUAUGUACCAUUUUUAUCAUCAAGAUUUGGUAAGACUAUAGUAUAUAUAAUGUUUACAAUAAUUAUAGCAAUGUCUAUAUAUGGAUGUACUUUAAUGAAGAAAGGAAUAAAAUAUGAUAAAGCAUUUCCUGUAGAUUCAUAUGUUCGUAGAUUUACAACAGCGAAAAUAAAAUAUUUCCCCGAUUUUGGUGAUUUUAUUGAAGUAUAUUAUUUUGAUAAACAUUUUAUAAAUAAAUAUAGAGGUUUAGAAAAAAAUACAAAAGAAGCUGCAUCAUCAUUUCUUUAUUCAGAUUUAACAGAUCGUCAAAUAAUGAAUAGUCCAAAAAUAAAUAAAAAUGUACAUUGGGAAAAUACAAAUUUACAAGAAGAGUUAAUAAAUAUGCAUAAUACAUUAGAAUCACAAGAAUUUGUUACAUCAGUAGCAAAUGGUUUUACAUUUUUUUUAAAUAAAAAUAAAUCAAGCUUAAGAAAAGAAAACCCACAAGAAUUUUAUGAAAUUUUUGCUAAUUGGUUAAAAAAAGAUUUUGUAGGAAACUUAUUCAAAAAUGAUUUUGUAUUCUUAAACGGAAAAUUAGUUGCAUGGCGUUUUCAUUAUUUCCAAAAAAAUGUAGAUGAUUCAGAAAUUUCGUCUAAAUGGUUAAAGGCAUGUAAACAAAUUACAAAGUUAGAAAAUCAUAAUGUACAAAUGGUAUGUUUCCAUUUAAGUUCCAUAUUCAACGAAACCGACGAAUCUAUUAUCGAAGUAACUCUAAUUAACCUAGGAAUUACUAUCCUCACCAUUCUUGUUGUAACAGCUUAUAUUAUUAAGGGUUUCUAUUCUUGUGUAAUUAUAGCUUUGAUCAUUUUCCUUAUUGAUUUAUGUAUAUUCGGAUUUAUGUGUUUAUGUGGAAUUACGAUGAAUAUUAUAUCCAUGGUUAUAUUGGUCUUGUCAGUGGGUUUCUCCAUUGACCAUACCUCACACAUUGUUCAAGCAUUUUCACACAGCAUGGGAAGAACAAGAGAUGAAAAAAUGAAAGAAAGCUUGCACCUAAUGAUAGGUCCUGUAUUACAUAGUGGUUUGUCAACCUGGUUUGUUAUUAGUACCUUAUUUUUUUCAAAUAAAGAUUUUACAGUCAUAUUUUUCCAAACAUUAAGCUUGGUUCUAUUCUUUUCUAUAACUUUCUCUUCCAUGUUCUUGCCAGUACUUCUUUCCAGUUUUGGCCCACUACAUUAA